AUGGCUGAAAGUGUAGAAUUCAAGGCAGCAUGGAUGGAUAGGGUAAGUACCAUUCUUGAUGAAUACAAUAAUGAAUACUCUGAGAUCUGGGAAGGAGACCUAGGAACCGAGGACCUAGAUGAGCUGAACAGAUUAUACCCUGACUAUAGGGAAAUGAAACCUGAAGAUAUGGACUCUGAAAUAGACAUUCUCCGAAGGAAGAUAACGGGACCCGAGCAAUCGGAAGAGAAAGAGGAUAUUAAAAGAGAAAUUGAAUACGUCAGUCAGCUAAGAAGAAUGAAGACCUGGAAGAAUUCAGAAACCGAGGCCUAUCUAAACGCGACCCAUGGUACUCUCAAGGAAGAGGUAAAAACAUUAGUUGUACGUAUACUCAGAAGAAUAGCUAAGGCUGAAGUUAGAAGGAAUGACUACUCGGGAAAAAUAGAUAAGCUGAAGGGUAUUAUGGAAAAACUAGGUUUCGAUCCUAAUGAGCCCGAGGAAGAGCUAGAAGCAGAGGAAGAAGAACGUAGGAAAGAAGAAGCUAGGAAGAAGGAGGAAGAAGACCGUAGGAGGCUUGCAGAAGAAGCUGCCGAACGUCAGAGAAAAGCUGAGUUUGAGCGUAAGGAAGCUGAGAUUAAAAGACACCAGCAAACUGUCAAGGGUGACAAGGAAAAAACAGAGUACUGGAGAAAAAAGCUCGAAGAAUGGGAAAAAGAAAAGUCUAAACCUAAGGAAGAACCUAAGAAAAUCCCAAAGAAGCCUCAACCUAAGGAAGAACCCAAGAAACCCAAGACAGAGAAGCCCUACAGAG